AUGCGAGGGGCGAAGAAGCGCCAGGCGCUGCCCGCCAUCGUGCUCCUGCUUCUGGCCUCGGCCCCGCCGCCUCCGGGCGCCGAGGGCAGGGACGUGCCCGCCGCCGGAGCCGAGCGGGGGGCGCUCCUCGACAUCCUCCUCCAAGCCCUGGGCGACGACGGCCGCCCGCUGCCGCCCCGCCCGCCGCGGAGGGAGCGGGUGAUCUCCCGGCGGUACAGCCCGGGCAGCGCCACUCCGACAGAGCCCCGCACCGCCGCCGCCGCCCCGCCGGCCCCGCGGCUCUUCGCCGCCGCCAGGCACGGAGAAAUUUUUCCAAGAGAUUCCAGUCUAAAAGACAAGUUCAUAAAACAUUUUACAGGGCCAGUCACAUUUUCCUCAGAGUGUAGCAAGCACUUUCAUCGACUGUAUCACAACACAAGGGACUGCUCAACACCAACCUAUUACAAAAGGUGUGCAAGAUUGCUAACGAGAUUAGCAAUGAGCCCUUUGUGUACACAGUCCUAG